GGACUGUGAGCCUUGUACGCAUGCGCCAACGAUCAAUUUACGCUGACGUAUCCUGCGUUUGUAAACAUCCGUUAGGACAUUUAAACGUGUGUCAGCUGUCAGGGAUCCCCCCGGAGGCUCUUCCACUCAGUCUGUCUCUAUUAUGCAGCAUGAGCUUGGGAGGACUCCACCAGUGUUUUUUCUCUGUGAAGGAAGCCCCGUCCUGACCCCACCUCGAAACUUUGCAGAGAUGCUGCCGACAGAAAUGAGUGUGAGGAUUUUCGGCGAGCUGGACGCGGCGAGCCUGUGCAGCGCGGCUCAGACCUGCAGGCUGUGGCAUCAGAUCAUCGAGCAGAGCGAGCAGCUGUGGAAGAAGCAGUGCUUGCUUGUCCGAGCCAUCUGCCAGAGGGAGGUGGACAGUGACCGGAGACACGGCCUCACCUGGAAGGUCACCCUGGUGAGGAACUACAUACGCAGCUGUGUGAAGAGAGACUGGCUGAUUGGACGGUUCAGCCACGUGAGGUCGGCAGAUGAACUGAGGGACAGGAAGCUGAUGCCACUGGAUGCUGAGACCUGGGGGGAAAUCCUGCAGGCUGAGCUGCAUCGAUGACGGCAUUCAGAUUUAUCGAAGCACCUGGAGCACUUCUGAUUUUUAACGCUAAUAUAUACCCUCUGCAGUUUGUGUUUCACAAGAAACGCAGACAUUUGUACAUAUUUUUAAAUUUUUGUAAGAAAAAUUAUGGAGAAACAAAAUGAAAAACUUUAAAAAAAAUAAUUUCUUUUUUAAAUGUAAAUAUGAACCAAUAAAC